AUGGUGAACGAGCAGCAGGAGCACCAGCAGCAGCAGCAGCAGCUCAUCGCUUCCGAGGCACCUGCUGAGCCGGCACUGAACGCCACACCUCGAAACGUUCGCAAACCGGAGGAUGUUCUCGAUCACCUUGGUGCUCGACACCGACGACUGGUGCUGGCGAUCGUGUCGUGCAGUUUUGUAUGGUGUUUCGGUGCAGUGUCGAUUAUGGAAAGUGCCUUUGUGUCCAUCGAUUGCGGUAACUGCACUGACAGUAUGAAGACCAUCGUCAGCGAGGUAGUCAUGAUGGCAUUUUGA